AUGGCUUCAUCAUCUGCAUCGAUUACCUCUAAAAAAUCCUUUAUUUGCCUUCUCCUACUCCUAGCUGCGGCCCCUUUCCCCACCUCCCAAGCCGGUAAAAUCGCCAUCUACUGGGGCCAAAACGGGAAUGAAGGCACCCUCGCCGACACUUGCGCUUCCGGCGACUACGGCUACGUCCUUCUCUCCUUCCUUUGCUCGUUCGGUAACGGCCAAACUCCGCAGCUCAACCUCGCCGGCCACUGCGACCCUUACUCCAAUGGUUGUACUCACCUUAGCAGCGACAUCAAGUCAUGCCAAGCUAAAGGCAUCAAAGUCCUUCUCUCCAUCGGCGGCGCCGCCGGCUCUUAUAUCCUCACAUCCCGAGACGACGCCCGUCAGGUCGCCACCUACAUAUGGAACAACUAUUUAGGCGGCCAGUCCUCCAAACGGCCACUUGGCGACGCCGUGCUCGACGGCGUGGACUUCGACAUUGAAGGCGGAAGCCCCGACCACUAUGAUGACUUGGCCAACUAUCUCUCCGGCUAUAGCAAACAGGGCAAAAAGGUUUACCUCACGGCGGCCCCGCAAUGCCCCUAUCCGGACGCCUGGAUGGGCAAAGCUCUGGACACCGGCCUCUUUGACAAUGUCUGGGUUCAAUUCUACAACAACCCGCCAUGUCAGUUUUCUGAUAAGCAGCAUUUGGGGGAUUUGAUGGAUGCGUGGAAGCAGUGGACAAAGUCGACGAAGGCGGGGAAGAUCUUUCUCGGCUUGCCAGCGGCGCCGGAUGCGGCCGGGAGCGGCUACAUUCCUCCCGGUGAGCUUAGGUAUAUUGUGCUUCCGAGGGUUCAGGAAUCGAGCAAAUAUGGCGGCGUGAUGCUGUGGUCUAAGUACUAUGAUGAUCAGAGUGGUUACAGCAAAUCCAUUCUCCCCGACGUUUGA